GGUGCUGAAAUCCUAUUGGUCACAUUCCUGGUUGCGUUUGCGAACACGGAAGUGAGGCGUUUUCUGUGAUGUGAUGUGGACAAGAUGAUCGGAGAUCUGUUGAUAUUCGGGACCUUACUGGUGAACGCGGGAGCUGUGCUGAAUUUCAAGCUGAAAAGAAAGGAGUCCCAGGGAUUUGGAGAUGAGUCCAGAGGGCCAACAACAGGUGACAACAUCAGAGAGUUUCUGCUCAGCCUGCGAUACUUUCGGAUCUUCAUCGCGCUGUGGAACAUCUUCAUCAUGUUCUGCAUGAUACUAUUAUUUGGGUCAUGAUUGACGUUGGCUGUGGCUGGACUCCCACUGGAAAGGUUACUUAUGAAGAUGGAUGCUCUAUACUUCUCCUUGACAGGACUUCGCUGUUCCUUUGCCCCCUUUAACUGUAAUCGUGCUCCAUUAUCUUUCUCACCUACUUCUGGCUGUACAGGAAUUUAUGAACCGCUGUAUUUAUUUUGUCCUACAUGUUUGUAAGAUCAACUCAUAGAAGUUUUUUUAUGUUUUAUCUUUUCGUUGAGGCUGUAACUAUGCCGUCACUUGUGCUGUCUCGUGCCCUUGUGUUUCAUUACAGGACAUGGGCGGUUUUCUCCACCAUGUCAGAAAUGGCAGGGUUGAAAAUGACGGGCAGACUUCGCUAACAGGAUGGUAAAUGUUACCCGUCUGUCAUCAUUUAACGGUCCUGCUCUGUCCUAAAACCUCACAUACUGCUACUAUCAUAAUAAUCAAAAUUGGUGGUGAACUUCUGAUUUACCAAAAUCAUCUUGCUGUUAGUUUUGUGACAGGCUGAAACAUCUUUUUUACUCUUUUUACCUGCAAGGCCAUCAGAGCUCAGCUGGAUUUAAGUUGGAUAAAUGGAACAAACAUCUCCAAAUUUACUCAAUAGCUGUUAUGCUCUCAUGUGUGUCAAUACAAGAGUAUUUUAAUGCAGCCUCUCAGAUUAAAAAAAAAGCCAUUUUCCUUUAUUCUGGGGCACAUGUGCUGUAAGUAAAUGUAUAUGCACUAUUAUGUAAAUGUGUCCUUAUUCUUAACAUUCAAUAAAAGUACAUUUUUCUUA